AUGAACCAAUGGUCAUUUUACGGGUGUGUUUAUAUCGCGCAAUUUCUAGAAAAUCGGGAGCAGUUUGCUUACCUAACGGGGUGGAUGACACCUGACGUAAUGAAGGAUCCCCAAGACGUCGUGCGACGUCAAGACAACAAUAAUUCCAACGUAACUUGUCAAACGGAUUCAAAAAGAGUGCUAUUCAGUCAACGUCCAACAACAUUACAUGACAUGGUGCAGGCAUUAAUUAAAGGGUUUACCAGAGAUUAUCGCUUUGUAAAAGGAGCGAACUAUCUAUGA